UUACAAAAAUACGAGAAGGAAGAAUUGAUAGAGAACGGAUGAUCCAAGGAAAAGGAAAAAAACGGAUUCGAUCAAAACAUAAAAAAUAAAAAUAAAAAACAUUUUCAAAACAUAAUCGUUGUGCAUUUAUGUGGCGUGUGUAAUAAGGGAUUAUUUACAAUUUAUAAGAUAAAUAAUUUGUUGUGUUACUCUCUUAUUCCAAGAAAUCUAUAUAUCGUCUGACCAGUUUUCAAAAAAAUUAUUCAAAAUUCCGAAAAAUCCGAGAAAAACCCCUAAACAAUCGACACGUACAGCGUCGUCAACUGGUGGCGGAGGUGGAUCAACUAAAAUGGCUUCAAAACGUAAGGCCUCGGUGCUGUUGCAUAAGGAAACAAUCUCAACAGCUGCAACCACCACAGAUAGUAAUUCCACUGCCGACACAAACACCGAAACCGAUCCGUAUGCCGGUCUUAUGAAAGAUGCAGAUAAGCUGAAAUUAAUGCUAUUAGCUUGGAAUUAUCAAAAUUCUAAUGCUGUACGCAAUGGCACGGAGGGUCCUGAUUUGGGUGUAGUUGGCGGCUUGUGGGCCCAGUAUCAAAACGCGUUAGCUCAAAAUGCUGCAGCUGCUAGCAGUAAGAUCGAUACAUCACUUUCGCCGGUGCCGCGUACUGAUAACCCAUCGCCGAUGGAAGCCCAAGACGAAACAAACUCGUCAGGACAGAAAGAAGAAGAUGAAGGUUCUGAAGAUGAUUCCGAUGAUAAAUUAGAUGAAAAAUUAUCACAAACUCAUGAUCCUGAACGAUUGAAAGCUUUUAAUAUGUUUGUUCGUUUAUUUGUGGAUGAAAAUUUGGAUCGUAUUGUACCGAUCUCCAAGCAGCCAAAAGAGAAAAUUCAAGCUAUUAUUGAUUCGUGCGCUCGUCAAUUUCCCGAAUUUAGCGAUCGUUCGCGUAAACGUAUACGAACAUAUUUGAAAUCUUGCCGCCGUAACAAAAAGACUCGAGAUGGUUGGGAGAAUACGACCCGCCCAACACCCGCCCAUCUCACCUCUGUACAAGCCGAGCAAAUACUUGCGAUUGCUUGUGAGAACGAGUCAUUAAAUGCUAAACGUAUGCGCAUCGGCUUAGAGCCAAUAACACAUGCCAUACCUGCUCCCGGUUCAGCUGUGGCAGCUGCCGCCGCCGCUGCAGCAGCAGCCGCAGCAGCGGUUGCGGCCAAUACGAGUUCCGCUGGUUCUAUUGGAGGAGCUAGCACGUCAUCGACGGUGACUUCAUCGUCAGUUGUGGAUGGUGCUGGCUCCAGCGGUAGCACAGCUACUUUACCUUUUCCUGGUGGUACUGGUUUCACCCGCUCCACCCCAAAUUCAGAGUCUGCCGAACCGCUGACAUUGACACCAGCGGCAGCGGUGGCUGCCGCAGCAGCUGCUGCGGUAGUUGCAUCGUCCAGCGCUGGCAGUGGUGGCCUAAAUUCGGCCCGUAGUUCUCCAUUGGCUUUAAGUUCAAACGCUAGUGCGUCGGGCUUAGAUAUAAAACCUUUGAGCGGAAAUUUAGCUAACGGGAACACAGGGGCCAAUGGCAAUGCUAGCGGCUUAACUGGAAUGCCGGCUUCAAGUCCUUUAUAUAGACCUACAGAUUUUACCUCACCAUCAGCGGCAUCACCAUUUGUAGCAGCCGCAGCAGCUGCUGUAGCUGGUCGUACGCAAAACUAUCCCAGUUAUUUUCCAGGUGUGGGAGCAUUAGGAGGCGUAACGGCUACAGACCUGUCUAUGAAACCUUGCUCCUCAUCUGCCAAUACCUCUGCCUCCAUUACCACCGUCACCAAUCAAACUAACACGAAUAAUUUAGCUAAUUUGGCAACACUCAAUCAAUUAAAUGUCAAUACUAAUCUCAAUAACGGCAGCGUUACCAAUUCGAAUGUCUUGGCUACGGCCACACAGCAAUUACAACAACUGCAGCAACAAGCUCAACAACAACAGGUACAGCAACAACAACAGCAACAACAACAGCAACAACAACAGCAACAGCAGCAACAACAACAACAACAACAACAACAGGGUCUCGGUUCCUUAAGUAAUAAUAAUUUAGAUAACACAACGCCAAGACCGCCUUCACUUUUGCCCCACAAACUUAGUCCUAAUGAAAUAAAUGCCGCUCGUCAGGUAAUAUCCGCUUAUCGGGAAAGCGCAGCCUUUUUAUUGCGCACUGCCGAUCAGGUGGAACAAUUACUGGUACAACAACAGUAAGUGUGGGUUUUGGCUCGCUGGAUGGAGGAGGUAUGGCAUUUAAGGCACAAUGAAAAAAACUAAGAACGUAACAUACUUGUGUAAGCGUUUUAUCAUUUCGAUUAACUAACUAUUUGCUUUUUAUUUGUUUGUUUUUUUUUUUUAUUUUCGUAUAUUUCUUUGUUCCUUUUUUUUAUGAAUGUUAUUGAGAGUUUCUUUUUCUCAGUGAACAUAAAACUAUAUACUAAAAAAAAAAAAAUAAAAUAAUACUCCGUUAAUAGAUUUAACAGAGUGUGGUUCCUAUUACAUUAAAUCUAUACAGGCAUAAAUUUAAAAAAAAAAAAAACAAAUUAAUUGAACAACAGAACAGCAGAAGAACAAUUAACAAUAAACCACAAAAACAUAUGCUUAUACAUACACUACCUACUUGCAGUAAACCAACAGGACCCACGGAAAAUAUUAAAAAGUAAUAAAUUAGCUAAUACUCUACAUGUCUUUCCACACAUAAAAAAAAAAAAAAAAAACAAAAACAAAAUAGUCAAUAUACAAAAUGAAAGCUUUUUAGCGUUUUUGCCGUCAAUCCUUACUUCUGUUGAAAAAAAAAAAAAAAAGAAGAAAAACAAAUAAAUAAAUAAAUGAAAUAAACCGAAAAACCCAGCAGCAAAAAUAAAUAAAUAAUGUCUUCAAACAAUUACAGAGCAUUACUUAUAUUCAUAGCAAAAGUUCAAUUUGUAUAUAUUUAUCAAACGAUUCUCAUUACCACCACCACCACCGCCACCACUAUAUAUAUAUAGACGGGUCCAUCUUAAUAAUUUCCAAUUUUGUAUAUUUCUUUUUAAGCAACUUGCUUGGAGAACAAGUGAAAACAGUUUAUUGCCAUUAAACAAACACACUGCACCACAUCGCUUCAUACAGGUAUUUAUAUAAGGCGUUGCGUGGAAAUUGAUCCCUUUCGAAUGAUCUCCAUUAGCAUUCGUCUUUGAGUCAAAGCAUAUUAAUGUACGAAAUUUUCUCGAACUAUCUGAAAAAUGCAACCUUUUACGUUGAACACAAGAAUACAGACUUCCACAGGUAGACUUCAGCUUAUCGAUACAAAAAAAGUGUGAAUCUAUUUCAAGUACUUCUGGGUAUUGGAUACGCGUCCUUAUUAACUUAAUGUGCCCUUGUACCACAGGUGGUGUGGAGUAUAAAAACCAAAGCGCGAGCCUCAUCUCAGCAUGCAUCCGAAAUAAGGCCAACGAGUUUCCAAAUUCAGGACUUGUCCCUUAUACGACCUGAACUGUCAACCUGAUAAACGACUCUAGUCUUUCCUUAUAAGGCAAGAUUUCGCGACAACCUCUUCGAAACUUGUGAGACGUACGCAUAACAUAAUUUUUAAAAUGAAAGAUGAAAUACAAAACUACGCAAAUAGAUUUGACUUUACGGCAACAGAAUUGCAUCAAAUGCAAUUUAACAGUGACGAGAAAUACUAAGGUAGAUAGUUUCGCUGCGAUCAAAUCAUUCAUUUCAUUAAACUAAUGUUCGGUACUUUCCGCUUCAACAGUUUAGCGAUACACAUAAGCCAGUCUUUAUCUAUAGGCCAUAUACAACUUCGACAAUGACUCCAUUAGUACGACUGCAAUACUGAUCUGUAGCCAAAAGUUUUACAUCCUUUGUAUGUAUUGAAAUGAUGUUAUGAUCGCUUUUAAAUCAAGAAUGAAUUCUGCAUUUUUAUGCACUUGCCCCAAUAAGAAAUUAACUGGAAACCAUUGUCCAUCACCGCACAAUUAUUCGUAUGAGCGGCCGAAUAAGCAAGAAUUGCGAUUACCAAUGUAGUGUUCGCGGGCACACAUUUCAUUGUGGUAGAGAGUUCACUUUGGUGGUAGCUAAAGUGAGUGAUCAGUCCAAAAAGGCGUAACACUCAUCGAUUGGGUACACAUCCACUAAACUGCGGCCACCAUCUCCCUACUUCUUCCUUUCAUCUUCUUUCCUCACUUACUUCUGACUCUUAUCGCGUUAUGCGAAUAGGGGUAUCCCCUGAGUUGUUGGUCAUAUAGAAAAAAAAAAAAAUUCAGUUUAUGAUCAUAAUGGAAUAGUAAUAACAAUGAGAUAAAUGUAUCCUCCAAGCCGUCUUUUCUUCGCUUAAAGACCUAUAAACGUGAAUUUUUAAUUAAUUUAUAUUUGCAGCUCUAAAAAAAGUAUAGGUUCCACCCUUGGCCGAAAUACGUUAGUGUACCAAAAUUCUUCAAAUUAUCUGAAAAACUGUAACCUGUAUAUUGAACAUAAGAAAGCAAGAGGGACAGACAAGCUUAGAAGGACUCAGAAAAUGAGUUAUGAUAAAACCUCUUUCUGUUUGUUGCAUGCAUAAACACAAACUUUAUAUCCCAAGUGGUGUAGGGCAUAAAAGAGUUCACUUCACAUUUGGAGGCAAUUAAUGUUGAAAUCUCAUAUCAACGUCGCUUCGUGAUGUAAAGUGAAACUGUGACGUAGUAAACAUUGCAUAUUAACUCCGUAUUAACAGAUAUGUCAGUAAAGAUAGCUACUGAUAGUACCUAGAAAUAGAUAUUCAAUUUUUAGAUCGUUUUCCGGCCAUCUGGCGAAAGUAAAGAAGGAAAUGUGAGAUUGAAUUUGCGGCUCUUGACGGAGCCUUGAGAUUGACGUAAAGGUAUUUGGAUGUAACUAAAACAAAUGCACCGUUAUAUGCUUUUUGGGACAUUCCGAGCUUAUUUCCUUGUCUGACAAACCCUAAAGUUAGUGCACUUCAUGAGAAUUUCACUCUAUAAUUUAAAAAAUUUCACCGAAAUUUCGAAAAAAAUUUUAAAUAUUUUUUGUAAUACAAAUAAACCGAAAAAACUCUGAACACAAAUUUUGGUAUUUAUCAUCGUUAAAACCGAACUAAUUUGAUGGUGAGUUUUGGAAAACUGAAAACAAAGAAAAAAAAAAACCCAUAGUAACUUUAUUCUCAAUACUCAAAAAAUAUAUAACAAACAAAACAAUAGUCUUUAUAUAAUCCAACGAAUAAAAACGACAAAUUUAUUCUACAAAAUUAUACACAAAUAUUCAUACGUUUCAUUGAGUUUUUUAUUUUUUUACUUUUUACAAAGUUAAAAUAACAUUUUUCGUCAUAUUUAUUUUUCUUAAGA